CCCCCGGUGAGGGCCGUGGAAACAGAAUGUGUGUAGGCGACGGGAACACUUACCCUGGGCAAUACAACGAAGCGGCUCAGAACAGCCCUGAGUCUGCCAAAAGUCAGGACUUCGAUGACGACCUCACAGAUCACGAGUCUUCAUCAGGUAAGGAGCUUGAUAGUGGAGGCGUCCGAAGCUCGCAAUGCUCGAGCCGUGGCGGCACGUGUCUCGUUUGGGCGUGCAAAGUGUGCAAAAGACGCUCCGUCAGCGUGGAUCGACGGAAGGCGGCAACCUUACGCGAAAGGCGUAGACUUCGCAAAGUGAACGAGGCUUUCGAAUUGUUGAAACGGAGAACCUCAGCUAACCCCAGUCAGAGGCUGCCAAAAGUAGAAAUCCUCCGAAAUGCAAUCGAGUACAUCGAAAAUUUAGAGGAACUUCUGCACAACAGUAGCUCGCCCCAUGGGUCGUUACUGACGGCUAGCGGGACAGCUUCCCUUAGCGCUAUGCAGCGUUUUCGAGAACUGCAGACACAAAAGAUGCGGCAGAGCUCUCCUAUCGACGGGAAGCAUUUUGAUCACGACCGGAGUAACCGAUUGCAUCAUCGCGAAAUAGAUUCUGCUCGGGAGAAAGAAAUGAUGGCUCAGAGGCCGGCCAAUGGAUGCGAACACCAACAAAAACUAGACUUUACAGAGCUAUUGGGUCGUCAUCGAGGAUAUUCAUCGACGCUAUCAGAUUCGCCAGUACAAUUUGAGCCGAGUAGUCUCGACUGCCUGAGUCGUAUAGUACAAAAUCUCGCACCUCAGUAUGCCAAUCGGCCUUCAACUGUGGCGUCAUCGACAACAGAUAACAGCAGCUUAUCAAUGACAAACUCAAAUGGCGAUGCUUCCCAGCAAACAGGUGAACACGUUCAACAGCUUACGAGUAAUUCGUUGAACAUAUCAAUUCAUGGGGACCUCUCUGCCGCUGCAGUAUCAGGACAGAGGCAUGAUAAUUAUCACAAUGAUCAAAUGCACACCCUGCCAUCUAACGUUGCUCCAGCAUCUACACAUAGUACUAAUCUCUCCAUAGGUCACCAUGCAAAAUAUGGCUUCAAUCAAUAGGCCUCUGACAACACUUGCUAUUGUUCCUUUAAUUUAGACUACGUGCAAAUAUUUUUUUAUAUUAUUCCUAGAUCUUGCUGUUUCUUUAAGGGAGAUACGCUGCUAGCAUAUAUAGGUAUCUAUGAUACUGUAGUGUAGCAAUAGUGAAGACCAACGUACACGGCACGUUGGUCUGCGCCUGGCCACCAUAAAAGUUAAUGUUUUAUGGAAGUCGAAUAACAAGUGGCUUUGAAACAUCUGCCUGUACAUACACAUUUUGUGUAUACACACACAAAAUUAGAGUCGAUUAUCUAUGGUGAUCACGUAGUUUAGCACCUUAUGAUUGAAAGUGGACGCUUUUUUUUUAGGGAAACCUUCACUUUCUUGCCCAAAGCUGAAUAAAAUGCAAGAUAUUAUACAUAAUGUGUAUGGAAUACGAGUUUUCACUUUUUUCAUACUGCCGUAUCUUGAUACACAGAACAUGAUAUUCUAUCAGAGAGUAUGUACGAGUACGAAGUGUACUCUGUAUGAUCGGUGAUGUAUCCAAGAAUCGCUUGGAACCAGGAUAUCGUACAGGGAAGUUCGACAAUUGAGAAUCAGACAACUCUUUUUUAAUAAAUAAUUCAAACUGAACUCAGAAAUCAUGAUGCAGUAUCAGGCCCAUUAUGAUAUUUUCGUAGUUUUGUAUCGUUUUUGGUGAUUGAUUGACACCUCUAUCGAGGCUAUAGCGUACAACUGGACC